AUGAAGAUUGGCUAUUCGCCGGAUACCGUGUCCUCGGAGCUAUGGACCGCCGACUUUGCUUCAACACGCUGGCUCGACCUGCUCACUAAUGAUGCCGCCCAAGCCGACAGUGGGUUCUCUCUCUCGGGGGCUCCGAGUCCAACCCCGGGGGAUGAUGGUGAGCGUGGGAAUGGGGCCGGAGCCAAAACACACACACUAGCCUCAGUGCAGGCGGCCCCGGCCCUCCCCAUCAAUAGUCACAUUCGGCCGCCUGAUGACCCAACAGCCUCUGAACUAGAACGCAAGACGUGGCAAGCAGACGUAGAUGUCACGCUUACCAGCCAGGAAGCAGGUCUCCUUCGACACUUCGCUGACAGGUGCGCCCGGUGGCUGGACCUGUUUGACUCUCAAAAGCUAUUUUCAACCUACGCCGUCCGACUCGCCCUUCGGAAUCCCGGGUUGAUGAAGGCGAUCCUGGCUCUUGCAGCAAAACAUCGAUCAAGAUCGCAGGGAGUGACCCUCGGCUAUGACGCCAGCGGAUCGGUCAUACAGAAUGUGGCCGAGAGUUCUGAAGAUAGCGAGGGGGUCCGUUACUAUUACGAGACUCUACAUUAUGUCCAGGAGGCACUUGCUUACAACAGUUACACCCACUCCGAGGAACUUCUUGCCACGGCGAUCGUGAUCUCAGCUUAUGAGAUGCUAGAUGAGUCUGACGGUUCUGGUAACUGGCAGCGGCAUCUCAAGGGUGUAUUUUGGAUACAGCGUUCGCAGGACGUCAAUGGUGGAUCUGGGGGGAUCCGCCAAGCCGUAUGGUGGGCGUGGCUUCGGCAGGAUAUCUGGGCUGCCUUCCGGGAAAGGAGAGCAUGUCUUAGUUUUUGGAAGCCCGUGAAGGAUCUCCGCGAGUUGGAUCAGCAUGGACUGGCUGAUCGGGCCAUCUAUCUCUUGUCCCAGGCUGUGAACUACUGUGCUGAGUCUCGCCGGGCCGAGGCGACGUCAACUAUUGACCCUUCGGCUUCUAUUAAGCGGAAGAUCGCAAGGGACGAGCUCGUGACCAAGAUGGAACGAUGGAAGUCGUUCCUUGGGAAAGAAUACAAGCCGCUCCCAACACCAUCAAGCCCGACUGAUGUCUUCACUCCUCUCUGGGUACAUCCUCCCCAUUUCGGAGUCGCCCUACAGGCCUAUAGCUUCGCGCAGAUUCUCGUCACGUUACAUAGCCCGAAUCUGGCCGGAUUUAAUGGAUAUUUGAAAAUGCAGCGAACGCUCGCCGAGGCGGUCGAGACAAUAUGCGGCAUCGCAAUGGAGCUGAAAGAGGAGGGGUGUCAGAUUCUUUCGGCGCAGUGCCUUUUUGGCGCUGGCUUGUGCGUGCAGGACCAUUCCAAGAGGGAGGUCAUCAUGACAUUGAUGCAGGCCUGUGAAGCCAGGGUGGGCUGGGCCCCCAUGGCCACCUGGAGGGAUGAUCUGAGGCUCGAAUGGGCCAAAGCCGAUAGCGAGUCUGCAUAG